GCCAAGGCGUCGAAGGGCAUGUGUAUUGCUCUCCGUUGAGUUUAAAACACAAACGGUAGAAUACGCAGCUGACGUCAUCACCUACGUAGAAGAGGACGAAGAACUUUGCAAUCUCUUGGCUUUGUUCCCGAACGCUUUGCACAGAGCGCGUCCUCCCUUGCACCAUGACUAGGCUUCGUGAAGUGUCGGAGAAGAGGGACCUGGUGGCUCUGAGGGACAAGAUGACCCAGUAUCUGCCACACUCUGCUGGCGUGAGGGGUUUCCUGGAUGUGCUGAUACUUGUGCAACAGAAACUUGAUAAUAAGGUGUACGUACCUGAAGGCUCAAGAGUUUCGUCGUUGAUUGUGGUUACACCUUCGUGCUCACAGGAACACAUACAGAAUCUGACUUUAUUCUGGGACACAAAGGAAGAGGACGACGAGGAAGUAGUCCGUCUGCUGAGGACGCUUCCUGGCUGGAACUGGUCGGCGCCCGUCUAUUUUCGAGUUCAUCCUGUCGCUAUCUACACGAAGAUACAGGAAUUGAAGAAACGUGGAAGGCUUGGGGACGAGCAGAUGUGGAGUCACAAAGUGUUUGACGGAUCCCUUUACUGUCUGGAUGCCUCGAAACUUCAGCAGAUCAAAAUCCCUGAAGAUUUUUACAUCGACACCCUCCGUGCUGAGGACGGACCAACUGUCGCAUCUUGCUGGGAAUAUAACUGGACGGAAACCCAAAAGGGCCUGGAGUCCAUCAUAACCAACCAGCCCUCUGUGGCCAUCCGGAAGAAAGUCCUGGAGGAAAAGGGAGUGCCAGGUCCUCCCGUUAGAAGUCGUCUUGUCGCCUGGAGUUUGCUGUACAGACACGGGUUCUUGGGUAACACCUUCACUGUCCCCGAGUACCGCCGUCGAGGCCUAGGCACAGCGGCGACCCUUGCCAUGGCAGAAACGCUCCGGCAGCUAGAUAUAACAGUGCGAAUUAUGGCCAAUCACACCAAUACUGCUUCAAUCAGUUACCACAAAUCACUUGGUUUUGAAAAGCAAUGUGAUAUAAUAUCCUUCAUAAUGUUACCAAAUGGCAAAACGCUACAGGACUUCAUUAAAUAAGACCUGGGUUUACAGGCAAGUGCUUUUUGAUUGUAUCAGUAUGUUUACGGGUUAA